GAACAGAAUACACACCCUUGAUUUGCUAUGAGCCUAUGGCUAUGACAUGUCCUUCUGCAUAAAUAAAACCCUUGCGUAUGGGUACCUUCACUGAUUUCCUCCAUAUUCCGGCUACAUAAUCGGCGAAUCCAGGCAACGCAAAUUAAUAUUCUAGCGUUCAAUCUUCGAAGACUGAUUAUAUGAAGUUCACAAAUGCAAUUUUUUAUUCAAACAGUGGUAAUGAAGAAAGCGCUACUGCCUGCGAAAACUAUUAGCAAGGAGAAGCAAAUUUCUGGGAAAGAAGCUCUAACGAAGCUCUUGAGAUGGCAUUUUGGGCAUCUGGAGUAUCGAGGAAAGCAGUUGGAAGCCAUAGAAGCUGUCUUAUCUGGAAGGGAUUGUUUCUGUCUGAUGCCAACUGGUGGUGGGAAGUCGAUUUGUUAUCAAAUCCCUGCUCUAGCAAAACGGGGCAUUGUGCUUGUUGUUUCUCCUUUAAUAGGUGAAAGAUUGUCAGUCAUAAUUUGGAUGUUUAUCAAAGUGGAACCAUGUACUACACAAUGUUUUCUUUGGUUUUCAUUGCUAGGGUCUAACUUUUGAUUGAAUGCAUUGUUUUUCCAUGAUCACAGCCUUAAUGUAUUGUUACUUUGCACCAGGAAAACCAAGUUAUGGCAUUGAAGGAAAAAGGGGUAGCUGCUGAAUAUCUCUCAUCAACUCAGACUUCACAAGUUAGGAAUAAGAUUCAUGAGGAGCUUGAAUCUGGAAAUCCAUCAAUGAGGUUACUCUAUGUGACACCAGAAUUGAUUGCAACAACAGGAUUUAUGUUGAAGCUAACAAAACUUCAUUCCAGAGGGUUGUUGAAUCUGAUAGCUGUAGAUGAGGCACAUUGCAUUUCAACAUGGGGCCAUGAUUUUAGGCCUAGCUACAGAAAGUUAGCUUCUUUGAGAAAACGCCUGCCAGAUGUACCACUAUUAGCAUUGACAGCUACUGCUGUUCCCAAGGUUCAGGUGGAUGUGAUAGAGUCAUUGAACAUGGAAAAUCCUCUAGUCCUUAAAUCAUCAUUUAAUCGACCAAAUAUAUAUUAUGAAGUUCGAUUUAAAGACCUUCUAACAGACCCUUAUGAUGAUCUAACUGAUCUAAUUAAAUCCUGUGGAGAUGUUUGUGGGAUUGUGUAUUGCCUUGAACGUACAAUGUGUGAUGACUUGGCUUCUCAUUUAUCAAAAAAUGGCAUUUCUUGUGCUGCAUACCAUGCAGGGUUGAACAAUAAAUUACGGACUUCUGUUUUGGAUGAUUGGAUUUCUGCCAAGACACAAGUCGUAGUGGCUACAGUGGCUUUUGGAAUGGGAAUUGAUCGAAAGGAUGUUAGGAUUGUUUGUCAUUACAAUAUUCCAAAGUCAAUGGUGUCAUUCUAUCAAGAAUCAGGUAGAGCUGGUCGUGAUCAACAGCCUUCUAGAAGCAUUUUGUACUAUGGAAUAGAUGAUCGCAAGAAAAUGCAAUUUAUAUUGAAUAAUGCGGAUAACAAAAAGUCACAGAAUGGGUCGCCAAAGAAGUCAGUUGAUGAAUUCAAUUCAAUGGUUGAGUAUUGUGAAACAUCUGGUUGUCGUAGGAAAAAGAUUCUUGAUAGUUUCGGGGAACAGGUAUCGACUUCAGUGUGUAAGAAAACAUGUGAUGCAUGUAAAGAUCCAAAUUUAGUGAUGAAGAACUUAGAGGAGCUUAAAACCAUGUGUUCUCUUCGUAAUAGAAUCGGAUCCUCACAGAUAUUUAUGAAUAGCUCCUCAAAGUCGUUUGGUGAAGUGGAAUUCUCAGAAUACUGGUCUCGUGAUGACGAGGCAAUUCCAUCUGAAGAUGAUGAUAUCUCUGAUGAUGAUGAUGAUGGGAUUGAUGACGUUGAAGGCCUUACACAGACACCCUUAUCAUCAAAAUCAAGACUUAUUGAAAAAAUGGAAUUAUUACAACGAGCAGAAGAGAAAUAUUAUCAAAAUAAAAGUCCAAAAAAACUCGACAAAAAUGUCAUAAGUGACACAACAAGGGAAUCCUGCAAGCAAAGAUUGAUCAAUGCAUUAAAACAAACACAACAACGCCUCGACAACUUUCUGAUAGACCCUGAAACAUCUUCUACAUUCUUGGAGAAUGAAUGCUACAAAAAAUACGGGAAAACCGGGAAAUCAUUCUAUUUAUCACAGGUGGCAAGUACUGUGAGGUGGCUUUCAACAGCUAACACUACAGAUUUGACUUCUAGGCUUGCCACCACCGGUCAAAGUCCAACUUCAAAAAAGUCAACGGAAGUAGAACCUUCCUGUAUUUCAAAUCAUGCAAUGAAGAUGAACAAAAAAGAUGAUGAUGCAAAUGUUACAUCAGGACACCCUUCAAGCCCUUCAACAAACACUUACAAUGAUAUAAAGUUGCCACCAAUCCCAUCUUUCUCUGAAUUUGUCAACAAAAAAACCAACAUCGAUAGCAAUCCAUCACCAUUGAAAAGAAACAGAUUUCACUAGUAUCAACUGAUUUCAAUCUUUCAACUUUUUACAAUAUCAUUUUUUUUCUUGAGUAA